UCAGUGCCAAAAUUUCUCGUAAAAUUGUUUGGAAAAACACAAGUAAAAUGUGGCGCUGGUGUUGCUUGAUGCUUUUUAUUCUGCUGCCAUUGGCAAAUACAACACCUCCUGUGAGUUUUGAAGCAAAUCCAGAUACAAAGCGUCUAUAUGAUGAUCUAUUGAGUAACUACAAUCGCCUGAUUCGGCCGGUUGUGAAUAAUACAGAGACACUUACCGUUUGGUUGGGCCUCAAGUUGUCACAACUCAUUGAGGUCAAUUUGAAGAACCAGGUGAUGACCACCAAUCUGUGGGUCAAGCAGCGCUGGUUCGAUUACAAGUUACGCUGGGAUCCGGAGGAGUACGGCGGUGUGGAGCAGCUAUAUGUGCCAUCGGAGCACAUUUGGGUGCCCGACAUUGUGCUCUACAAUAACUGGGAUGGCAACUAUGAGGUCACACUCAUGACGAAGGCCACUUUGAAGUAUACCGGAGAAGUAUUUUGGGAGCCUCCGGCGAUUUACAAGUCAUCUUGUGAAAUGAAUGUCGAAUAUUUUCCAUACGAUGAGCAAAUUUGUUUUAUGAAAUUCGGCUCAUGGACCUACAAUGGCGCCCAAGUGGAUUUAAAGCACCUGGACCAGGUGCCUGGCAGCAAUCUCGUUCAGGUGGGCAUCGAUUUAACUGAAUUCUAUUUGUCUGUGGAAUGGGAUAUACUCGAAGUGCCUGCGACCAAGAACGAGGAGUACUAUCCCGACACAUUGGAGCCCUUUUCAGAUAUUACCUUCAAGUUGACCAUGCGACGCAAAACCUUGUUCUAUACUGUGAAUCUGAUUGUGCCCUGUGUGGCAUUGACUUUUCUCACCGUUUUGGUCUUCUAUUUGCCAAGUGAUUCGGGCGAGAAGGUUACGUUAUGUAUUUCAAUACUCGUGUCGUUGACCGUGUUCUUCUUGCUAUUGGCCGAAAUUAUACCGCCGACAUCGUUGGCUGUGCCCCUGCUGGGCAAGUAUCUACUCUUUACCAUGAUACUCGUAUCCUUGUCCGUCUGGACAACAGUCUGUGUGCUCAACAUACACUUCAGAUCCCCCUCGACCCACAAUAUGUCCCCUUUCGUACGCAAAUUGUUUCUACACUUUAUGCCAAAGCUAAUGAUGAUGCGUCGCACUCAGUACACACUUCCGGAUUACGAUGAUUCCACUCCCAGCAAUGGCUACACCAACGAGAUAGAUGUGCGCGACAGCAUCAGCGAUUUUCCCAGCGAGUUCAAAGACAGUCAGGACGGCGCUUACGAUAAUGGCAUGCAGCACUCAGUAGACUUGACAGAUUCCGACAAUGUGAUACCGCGCAACUUAACACCCGAAGUGCUGCAGGCAUUGCGUGCGGUCAGAUUUAUUGCGCAGCAUAUCAAGGAUGCCGACAAGGAUAACGAGAUUGUUGAGGAUUGGAAAUUUGUAUCCAUGGUCUUGGAUCGUUUCUUUCUCUGGCUGUUCACGCUGUCUUGUGUAUUCGGUACUAUAAUGAUUAUCUGCCAGUCCCCCUCGCUGUACGACACCCGCACACCCAUCGACCGUCAGCUGAGCGAGAUUCCCUUGCGAAAAAACAAUUUUAUGCUGCCGCCGGACAUUAUCAGGCAGGGCGUUAAUUAACUAAAUGCGGAAAGGUCUUCAAAAAGUUAAAAAUAUUAAAAAAAAAAGAAA